AUGGCAAGUGAUUACAACAUGACUGUGUCCUACCUGGCGUCUGCGAACAGCUAUGGCGGAUUUAGCGAUGGUCGAGCUCAAGUUUACAUCCAUCCUCAGAGCGAUCCGUACUUUGAAAAUCUGUCGCAGAUGGUGCCGGGGGAAGGCUUUGAUAUGUCAAUGUAUCCCCCGGGAUCGCGAGGACAUUCCGCUGGGGUCUGCCGUCCUUGUGCUUGGUAUUGGAAGCCCAAGGGCUGCUGGCAUGGGAAGGACUGCCCACACUGCCACCUUCUGCACCCUCGCACCAAGCUCAAGAAGCCCAAAACUAGGACACCUAAGCCAGAUUUUCUGCUGAAUCAGAGGCGUGAGAUGGUCCACACGGAUUUCACACCAGCACCUCUCGACUACUUGGCCCCAGUGUGGCAGCCAGGAGGGGAUGUGGCAAGUGCAGCUGCGCCCUGGAAUUGGCAAGUGUAUGACGAGGAGAUUCCGCCCCAGACUGAUCUGGCAUCCGGCAGCUCGGCUCUUUCCGAGACCUCUUCUCAAGUACAGGUCAGAGAUCCCGUUCCCCAGGAGCACAGGAAGUCAGCUGCACAGUGGUUGGCCGAGGGCCUUGGUGAUCUCAAUGCCCCUCAAGCCUCGCCUGAUGGAGAGGCCCUCGCCAUGCCCGUGCUGCGCAUGCGUCUUUAA